UGGGCGGGGCUUUGUUGGGUGUUUGAGGUCAUUCAGACCCUCACUGAUUCACUCGAACGGCGUGAGCAGGAGAGGGCUGCCAGCUCCUAGAAAGUAUCGCCAGCCAUUCGGUCCACCGUAGACGGCCUUUCGGAGAGGAACGUCCGUCAAUGUUUCACGACAGCCUGCGAGAUUUGCUUUUCCUCAGUUAUUCAACACCCCGACUGCGCCACACUUGAGGCAGGCUAGCUGGCUAGCAUCCCCGGCUGGAUCAAGGUGUUGAUAGUAUUAACCGUCACAUUGGAGCGUCGUCAUCGUGCUCCCCUCCGCCGAGUCGAGACGCACGAAGCCGUGUGUCCGUUGUGUUUCUGAGAGCAGAAGAAGAAGAUCGCUACUCCGUUCAUCGUUGAUUUAGUUGACACCAUCACACCCAUCUCCCCGAACCCCUCCUCCCUCCAACCCGAAACACUGGACAUCCACAAGCGGCCGGGGAGCGGCGAACUGCCGGCGAAGCUGGGGGUGGUGUCGUUACCCGACGCGCACGGAGUCGUUCCGGCUUCAGACAAGCACAGCCGUGGGGAGCUACCGACAAGCAUGGAAGGGCUGGCUGUGGAAGUUCGUGGCUCGAACGGGGCCUUCUAUAAGGGGUACAUCAAGGAUGUCCACGAUGACUCGCUCACCAUUGUGUUUGAAAACAACUGGCAGCCAGAGCGACAGUUACCCUUCAGUGACGUACGGCUGCCGCCUCCGGCAGAUUACAACAAAGACAUUGGCGAAGGAGAGGAGGUAGAGGUUUACUCUCGGGCUAAUGAACAAGAACCAUGCGGCUGGUGGCUGGCCAGGGUCCGAAUGAUGAAAGGCGAGUUUUACGUCAUCGAAUACGCGGCCUGUGACGCCACCUACAACGAGAUUGUCACGGCGGAACGCAUCAGGCCUCUUAACCCGAACAGUCCUUCUUCAAGAAAUUCCUUCCACAAAGUCACCAUCCCAGUCCCGGAGGACCUGAGAGAUAUCUGUUCAGGCGACAACAUUCAUAAAGACUUUAGGAAAGCUAUCGGCGCCAACUGCAUCUUCUUCAGCGCCCAAACAAAUGAGCUCAUUGUGCUGUCUACAAACGAAACCACGGUAAAACGCGCCACCCUUCUCAGCGACAUGCAUUUCCGCAGCAUCCGAACCAAGCUUAUGCUUAUGUCACGUAACGAGGAAGCCACCAAACAUUUGGAGACAAGUAAGCAGUUAGCUUCAGCGUACCAGGAAGAGGUUCGCGUCAGAGAAGACCUGAUGGGCCUCGCCAUCGGCUCUCACGGCGCAAACAUCCAGCAGGCCCGCAAAGUACCCGGCGUCACAGCAAUCGAGCUAGAGGAAGAGAGCUGUACCUUCAGGAUCUACGGAGAAACACCAGAGGCGGUAAAGCAGGCACGGGAGUAUCUGGAAUUUAAAGAGGACUACUUUCAGGUACCCAGGAACCUUGUCGGCAAAGUCAUCGGCAAGAACGGAAAAGUCAUCCAAGAGAUUGUGGACAAGUCGGGCGUGGUCCGUGUCAGGAUCGAGGGAGACAACGACAAAAAGCUUCCCCGUGAGGAGGUAGGCAGGCAGGGGGAAGGCAGGGACGACACUGCCAACAGCAAAGAGGGCAUGGUCCCUUUCGUGUUUGUCGGAACGAAGGAGAACAUCAGCAAUGCGCAGGCUCUGCUGGAGUACCAUGUGUCUUACCUCCAGGAGGUGGAGCAGUUGCGCAUGGAGCGUCUCCAAAUUGACGAGCAGCUCCGCCAGAUUGGGGUGGGCUACCGCACGUCUCAAAAUCGAACGGGACAAGCUGGAACGGACCGAGAGAAAGGCUACCUGACUGACGAAAGCAGCAAUUCACUCCACACUGCCCGUACCUACGGGGGUCGCGGAAGAGGUCGCAGGGCUUCCAACAGCAUGCAUUCUGGAUAUGGGACAAACUCUGAACUGUCCAACGCCUCUGAGUCGGAGGAUGUAAGCGAGCGUGAGCAGCGGCCACGAGGAAUUGGUGGAGAGGAGCGAAGCUCCAGACGGGGCGGUCGAGGCCGGGGCUCCAACCCCGGGCGAGGACGCGGCGGUCCAGGGUCCAAACCGGCCAACUCGAUCAGCUCAGGUAUGCUGAGGGACCCUGACAGUAAUCCUUACGCACUGCUUGACGGAGAAGAACUGGCUGACGCGGACGUCAGCGAAGGCGCUGGAGACCGUCGCAGACGUUCCCGCCGCCGCCGCAACGACCAGGAGCCUAGCGUGAUGGAUGCCGCCACGGAGUCCGACAGCCAGGCCGGACCCAAUGAGAACGGAUUGGAUGAAGAGGCCAGACCUCAACGCCGCAACCGAAGCCGCCGUCGUCGCAACCGUGGCAGUCGCCCGGAGGGAGGCUCCACCAGCCGCGAUCGGCAGCCAACUGACAGUGUGACCGUCGCCGACUACAUAUCCCGUCCCGAGUCCCAAAGCAGACAGAACCUUCCCUUGAAGGAGAACCACACUGGUCCUGAGCCCAAGGAAAACGGGACCAGCAACAAAACGGACGAGAUGACACCUAAGCGUUCACCCAGCAAAGGCUUGACACCAGCCAGCGAGACCGUCACGUUGGUCAACGGCGUCUCAUAAUGAGAGCGCCUAACCACUCGCGAACCCAAGUCUCGAGCAAGAAGACUCCAUGGCAAACUGUCCCUGCUUGCAUUAACUUAAACCUAAAACAGAUGAGUGAAAAGUACCUGACAAAGUUCCUGAAUCCAUACUACGAGAGUGGAGAAAAAAAAAAACGACGCAUCAAACUUAAAAACCCACGGUGUAUGCUAUAUCCUAUCUAUCAGUACUUAGUGCUUAUUUAAAAAAAAAAAAAAAAAAAGUAGCUUGCCAAAAAUGAACUGAUGGAUAUGACUUGAGUUUUAAGGAAAUUAUUUGAGACACAACAAAAAGGACUAGAUUUUCUCGUCUCUCUUCUUCGUUGGUUUCCUUCAUUGUUUUUCACCGGUUCCGACUCGGCGGUCGCGGACGUGUCUCAUAACGGCGUUGAAGUGAAGGCGCGAGAAGUGUAACACACGAGCAGAUAGUCCAAUGCGUCGCAGUGCGCACACUCCGAGGCUGGAAUAUCGAUAGACAUUGUGCCUUGAAUUAGAAAAAAAAAAAAAGUUUUCGUUUUGUUUUGGUCAUCGGAAGAAAGAUGGAAACGGGUUUUCCGUUUCGGUCCCUAAGAAUGAACUGACAAAGGGAUUGUUACAGUCACAAGUGAGGAAGAUACAGUACCGGUGGGUGGGUGAGGGUGGAAAAUUUAGGUGCCAAAUGACAGAUUUCAAGGCACUUUCCUCGUUGCAAAUCGAAUGAACAUCGAGAUGUAUUUAGCAACCACAAAACUAAACCAGGAGGGCUGAAAGCGUAACGCGGAUAAGGCCUUAUCGGAUAACAAGGCACCCUAAUUUAUCAAUCUGAGGUGUAAAUCGCCUCCUUUUUCACCUGUUCUGAGGUCCAAAUGGUGGCUGGGACGCCUUUCGAAACGUGACAAACUUCAACAAAAAGAGGUAGCGAUAGCUUGCAGCCACAAUCUCGACAAACCACGGCGGCCCGUGGCUCCGGGUGUACACGUGAGGCGACCACCUUUUGCGGGGGUGUUAGGCAAAGCCCGGGGAAGUAAGAACUGUGGGGUUGGGACAGCGUCAAAUGAGAUGAGAGCCAUACACAAACGCCCGCCUGCCACGGAAGAAGUCGCAACGCAAUGUGUCGAAGACGGAUCGGGCAAGCGGAGUAAUAUAGGGACUUCUCAGUGGCUCUCUGCUCAUGUAACUGUUGUCUUGGUUACCUCUUUUUUUGUUGCUAUUUCCACAUCUUAGAAAUAUUAAAUAAAAAAAGAAAGUGAAAUCAACCCCUGCUCUGGAGACGAACUUUUGAUUUCUCGGUCUUGUGGGUUUGCAGUCUAUUUUUCUAACUUGCAUGACACUUUGCCUAACCGUGAAGGAGGUGUUGCAUGAAAAGAGGGUGCUGGAAAUCUGACUUACAAAGCCAUUGGUUUCAUCCAAUACAUUUGCUGCUAAUGUACACACUGAAUGUCUCAAGUUAAAUAAGAAAAAGGUUCCUUGAGAGGCUCCCACACAACAUUAGGGGGGGGGGGAAUUUGGGCAUAACACGCAAGCAUCCACAUGACCAAAGGUUUUGAGAAGCAGACAAACAGGAGUGGGUUGAUUGAGAUGCUUCUUGUCCGACAUUACUGUUCAUCUGUGUUUUUAUGAGUGUGAGACGGCACUUGUACCUUUUUUUUUUUUUUGGUUUUCAGUUGCAUGUGUGCGGGUUUGUGUACAUUUAUACCUCAUUGUGUGAGUACUGUAUACCCUAAUGUAUCUGUAACCCUCAUGUGCUGUUGAAAGACUGCUAGUUGCACUUUGUAUGCGUGUGCGCGUGCGUGCUGGUUGUACAGUCCACUUCUCUUGUCAGAUUUUGUCUCUGCAUUCGUGAACUGAUGGCAAUAAAGGACUUUUCA